CGUUGUUGCACAGCCAGUCGAACCUCAAGCGUCCUGGUGGUCGGUCGUGCACAGACCUUUCUUCUCUAUUCAUUUUGUCGGUUUUAUUCAAAAGAAAAACCCUCGUUAACAGAAUAAGGCAAAAACGAGUGAGGUUCAACAUUUGCCUGUCUUUUAAGUUCUAUCAGAAAUUGUUUGGAAAUUGUCUUUGUUUCACAAAAUCUUCGGUGAUUUCACUAACGAAUUUGCAUAAAAAUCACGUGGUGUGCCAGUGCAGCAAGGAGUGUCGCAAUUUGUUUUCCUAUUGCUUUUGCCGAAGCAUUCCUGUUUGGAUUUUACUGAAUUUCGUGAAGUGAAACGAAGCAUCUUCGACAAUGGUUUCCUAUUUGCAUCUGACGGUCGUUGCGUUCUCAGUUUUUGUGGCGGCGGUAGUUGUGCUGGGCGCUCCGGCCGAUCCUUUGACGCACGCCGAUGAGUUUCACGACGAUUUCGAAGCGGCCGACGACGGGACGGACGAUUACGACGAAGAGGAAGAGAUGGGCUCGUCGUUCAAAAAACCGAAUUUCACGUCGGCGCCGCAACAUUUCCGCGUCCGUAUGGGCGACUCUGUCCGCUUGUCGUGCGAAGUCGACGAACUCGGACCUGGAUACACUUUGUUGUGGAAACGCGAAGAAGGCGACAUCCUGACGGCCGGCUCGGUUCUCAUCGUCAAGGAUACUCGCAUUUCGCACGAGGGCAAUUCCCUCAUUAUCCGCAAUAUCUCCAUGGCCGAUCAGGGCUCCUAUAUCUGUCAGAUUUCUACGCAAGAUCAAAGAGAACUCAGACAUAUUAUCGACAUUCUCGUGCCACCUAGCGUGAAACCUGUUCCGUCAACUGGACUCGCUGUCGUUAAGAAAGGCGAACCGGUGACUUUGUCUUGCGAAGUCACAGGUAAUCCCCUUCCAGUCGUCACAUGGACUCGCGAGGGAGCUAAGAAAUUCCCUGAUGGACAGCGGACCAUGCUGGGCCAUAUGAUUACAUUCGUCAAGACCGACCGACACCAUUCUGGCGUUUACACGUGCACGGCCGAGAAUUCAGAGGGCAGCCCGGCCAAGGGCGUCAUCAAUCUCGAAAUCACCUAUGAGCCGGAAAUCGAAGUCGAGUUGAACCUGGUAACCAUUGCCGAGGGAUACAACACGGAAUUGACGUGCACCGUUCACGGUGAGCCGAAACCCAAUGUGUUCUGGACAAAGAAUGAAGAACGUCUCGACUCGACCAGCGGACCUCAUUCGCCUCAUCAUCGUUACGUCCAGACGUCGACCGGUUCACGUCACGUCCUCUCGAUCGACAACGUCCAAAGUCACGAUUUCGCCAAUUACACCUGCCACGGUGAAAACCGGUUCGGACGCGACCACAAAACUAUUGAAAUGACCGGUGUCGCUAGCACUGCGACGUUGAAGCGUAACAAACCGCUGACCAAUGGUGUCGAGCUCGAAUGGGUCACCGUCAGUCACACACCGUUGAUGGAGUACCGUCUACGUUAUCGACGCCCCUCGGCUUCUCAUUGGGAAGAGCUUUUGCUCAAGGCUAACGAGCAAGAUUCUGAACAAGGAGGUAUGCUCUUCAAUCACGUUCACCAACUUCACGGACUGGCGUCUGCGACGGAACACGAACUGACGAUCGAGUCUAAGAACAAGUUCGGCUGGUCGAGACCCCUACACGUCGAGUUCACCACUUUGCCUGAAGGAGGAAGUGAUUCUACAGUGACAGAAGCAGCAGUGCAUGAAGCUGGACGAGUGACGUCCGCUGCCCGUCAGACAAGCUGGUCCUUCGUUUCUGCUACAAUCGUUUUAACAUUGGCCGCUAUUCUUUGUUAGAAAUGAAUAAAAAAAGGAAUAGGAAAACAGAUAAAUUGCGACCAUCCGUGGACGUCAGAAAUCAGAGCUCCCACCAUUCAUCGUCAACAAGUCCCAAAAUGGCCGCGUUGUUAUUUUGAAAAAAAAAAACAAAAAAAUCUAAUGAUUUUUUUUGGUCUUAUAAUAUACAUAGCUUUUUUUUUCUUAUUUUUAUUUUCUAUUUCGACAGCAUUAAGCUGAAGAUACCAUCCGAGGAGGCACCAUGUAAAGAAAAACAUAAUACCCCCCCCCCCCCACAUUAAAAAAAAGUUAACUGAAUUUCAAUUGUGCGGCUUUUUAAGCUAAAAAAAAAGAUGCAAAUCAAGUGCCGACUAUUUUAUCCCAUUAGCCAUUUUUUUUUUACUCCCCGUGUAAUUUGGCUGCUUUUUUUUUUGUAGCCAUUUAUACAAACAAAACCGCCAGCAACAAGUUUCUUCUUAUUUUUUUUUUUUUUGCUCAUCCCCCCCCCUACCCUGACAAUUAUUUGAUGGGAAACGCCACAUAUGUGCCCAAUCUAGAUCACACCACGCGCCGUCUCUUCUUUUGCGCUGCUUUCUUCCCCCUCCCAACAAUUUAUUCAUUAUUAUUAUUACUAAUGGAAAUUUAUGACAAUUAAGACUGUAAUUGAUUAUGUCAUGACUUUCACCUAUCGCGAAGCCUUUCGAGAAAGACAAUUUUGUUUCUUUUUUUUUUGUUUUUCUUUUUCCUUAAAUGUCAAGUGUCUGUGUAUUUUCUUUUUUAAUUGUCUGCGGAAGAAAGGAAACUUUUCAGCGUGUGGAUGACGCAGUUCGUCAAUCGGAUGCAGAAAAAGAAAGGAAAAUGCGUCCGUCGUGUUAAUUUGAUGCAGCGACUGAUUUCUUUUGUUUCUUUCCCAUUCUUAUUGCUCCUCUAAAAAAAAAAAACCUACAGUUGUCUCUAGCCUCGCCCCACUUUCAAUUUUUGCAUUUUAUUUUACACGUAUAUAUUUUUUUUCCA